AUGAAGCUCUAUAUCACCGCCCUCUUGAUGGCCUUGUUGGCUGCGUUUGCGCUAGCGCAAGGCCAGGCGACGCAAAAAGCAGUGGUCAUCAGCUACCCAAAGGAUACACCGCAAUCCGUCAUUGACCAGGCGAUGGAAGCGAUCAAGAAAGCCGGCGGAAUCAUCACGCACGAAUACAGCAUCAUCAAAGGCUUCGCCGCAAAGGCGACUGAACAGGCACUGGAGACGGUGCAAACGCUUGGCCAGCAUAACAAUGUUCUGAUUGAACAGGAUCAAGUCGUCGGGAUCAACACUUAG